CAAGCAAGUCACUGUUUGACCGUGUCUGCUCGUUGUUUUCCAUUGUGUUUUAACUUUUGCUUCUUGCAAACUUUCACUGGUAUCCACUUUGUUGAGAUGAUGAACUCCAACAUGCAGAGAGCUGAGGCUCAAACCGCCGACAGCUUCAAGGCUUCCCCUGUGGAAGACGUUUCCAGCAUUUCUGUCCCUGCUGUGGUCACUGUCAGCCCUGACCUGGUUGAGGAUCUGCUGGUCCAGCUGCUACUGAAGCUGUUCCCUCUAGAAAGCUACACUAGUGCUCAUCUAGACCAACAAGAACUGCUGACACACUGUCUCCACUUGAGUGCAACAACUCUGGAGACCCUGAGGAAAGACCCUGGUGUCUCUGUGGACGAGGACCUCCCUCCUCCUUCCUGUGAGGUUUGGAGAGCUGUGGCGCUUCUUGUCUGCAGCGUCAUGGAGAGGUUUGGGACAACGAACCGGAUAAGGAAGCUAGUGCUGAACAAAGACCCGGAACUCCUGAGAUUCAUCCCAGACCAAAUCAUUAAGACUGUCCUUCAAAUCUACAAGGACCAGUCUGAAGAUGUGUGGAUUCCCCCACAGAUACCCUUUGAUGAAGACGGCCUGCUGUUCUCCCAGUUUCUUCCUGAAAACAUCAAGGAGGAAAUGUUGGAGCAGUAUGGACCCUGGAUAAGACGCAUGAAGGUCUUCCAGAGAGCGUUCCCAAAAACAUGUGACUCUGAAGAACAACAAUCUGAUGAUGGAGCCCAAAACAUCCAACUACCUGAACUGUCUGUUGACCAGCUUAUGACUGAUGAUGACCAAACUGCAGAACAAAAUCUGCAGACUAACAGAGCUGUGGUGGAGAAAUCCACUAUCAAACAAGUCCUGUUGAAGCUCUUUAAACCCCCAAACUUCUGCACACCGAGGAGCCAGAGGAGCCAGGACUUUGAUGAUGAGAUGGUGGAGCACAUCCACAUGUUGCUCCAAAAGGAGGCUAAGAAGUACGGGAAGAACCGAAUCUUUCUUAAACACCUCAACCGCCUCAAAGACCCGAAAGAAGAGGUCAAAAUUAGCAGGAUACUGCACCGGCCAAUCAAAGCCAGACUGAGAGAGGUUUUGCCGAACACCCGCCUGAAGAGAGAAGACCUCAUGGAGGACGCUCAGGCUGCUUUGUCAGCCUGCAGUCUCAUAUCUUCAGAGAUCAUGAACUAUCUCAAGCCCUCUGUGAGUUUUGCGCCUGACACAAAGCCAGGAGACGAGACCCCAUACAGCCUCAACAUUCCCAUCAAGAGGGAAUCGACAGAACCAGGCAGAGAGCUGACCCAGCUGGAGCUCCAUGCGCAGGAGCAGCAGGCAGGAACCAGAGAGAAGGUCAAGACAGAGGAAACCAAGAGGAACAGAAUCAUCUCUUGGUUCUGUAAACCUUUCAAGAAAAAUAGAUAGAACAAAAAACAAAGACAAUAAGCCCAAGCAUCAACAGCUGUGGCUCACCGCAAAAUAAAAUUUGGCUUUUGCCAGCAUUAA